GUUGUUCAGUUAAAUUAAGUUUUAUGUGCAAAAUUUGUGCAAUAAAUUGUGUCAUCGUUUUGGCCAUAUAAAGUGAUUAUAAUUUUUCAGUUCGUUCUAUAGUGUCCAAUUUUGUAACUCUAUGCUUGUUUUUUAUAGCAAUUCUUUAAAAAAAACCACUGUGACUAUCAUUAAUUGAUAACUAAGAAGUAUCAAUACAGCCGUUUAAAUACUACAAUCGGCAUUUCAGUGAUACAAAAAGUGUUAUACCAACAUGAAAUCAACCUUUGUACUAGUUGUUAUUGUGUCAAUCUCCGUUGGCCUAAUUCGCAAUGUUGCAGCUGAAGAUUCCGAUUCGGUGGCAGGUCCCAUCCAAAUUAUAAGGCCCGUUAAUCAUACGCUGCAACUACAGUUGGAAGAUUUAAAACCAAUUCUCGAAGCAGAUGACAUAAAAGAUCGACACGUUGUGGUCGUUUCAAUUGCUGGUGCAUAUCGCAAGGGAAAAAGUUUUUUGCUCAACUUUUUCAUACGAUAUCUUGAUGCGCAGUAUAAAAAGCACGAUGUCACCGAUUGGAUGGGUGAAAAUAUGAAUAAUAGUGUAGUAAGUGGUUUCAAAUGGCGCGGUGGUAAAAAGAUCGAAACAACUGGAAUUUGGAUGUGGUCGGAUGUGUAUACGCACGAUUUUGAUAACGGCGAUAAAGUGGCCAUCAUAGUUCUAGACACUCAGGGUAUAUUUGAUGGUCGGAGUAAUGUGCAAGAUUAUACCCAAACGUUUGCAUUGAGUAUGAUGCUAUCGUCGGUUCAAUGUUACAAUAUAAAGGAACAAAUUCAAGGUGAUAGUUUGCAAUAUUUGGAUUUAUUCACUGAAUACGCUCGAUUGGCACUGGAGCAACUGGAGGAAAAACCAUUUCAAUCGUUGCUUUUCAUCAUUCGCGAUUGGCCAUUUCCGUAUGAAAAUUCAUACGGCUGGCAAGAUGAAAAACUUAUUAACGAUUUAAUGAAUGGAGACGAAGAGCAAACCACCGAAACGAAAGAAUUAGUGAAGAGGAUUCGGUCGAGUUUUAAUAAAAUUGACGCAUUUUUAAUGCCACAUCCAGGAAUGGCGGUCUCAAGACAGCAAAAUUUUACAGGCGACUUAAAACAAAUUGACCCGAGUUUUAAGAAGUACGUCAAAGAGUUGGUGUCCACUUUGUUCGAUCCCAAAAAUCUCGUUGUUAAAGAAAUUGAUGGCCGCAAAGUUAGAGCACGCGAUCUAUUGAAAUAUGUGCAAACUUAUUCCAAUAUUUUUAAUGGAGGAACAUUGCCAUCGCCGAAAACUGUCAUUGAUGCUAUAGCUGAAACGAGUAUUUUGAUUCUGUACAACGAUUCUCUAAGUCUUUACACCGAAUCAAUGCGAGACAGUUUCGAUAAAGUCCAUCCAUAUUUCAAAGAAUCAGAGCUGCUUGACAUCCACACAAAGGCCAAAAAUGAAUCAUUUGAAAUGUUCCAGAAUAAACGGAAGUUGGGCACUGAUGAACUGAAAUCGACCUACCUACAAAAACUUGACAAUGCCAUUGAAAUUAAAUUCCAAGCGUACCAAAAAGAAAAUAAUAAUACACGAAAUAUAUUUGUGGAAAAGGCCAAUUUAUAUAAUGGAAAAAUUAUCGCCGAAAUUCGAAUGGUAUUUGAAAGAAAAAUACUGGAAAAAACUUCCAAUGAGGAUCUAGAAAUGACUGCCAAAGAGUUAAACGCACUAUUUUCAAAAGCCAAACAAUGUGCACUUGCUGAGUUUGAUGCGAAAAAAAUGGGCGAUAGCGAAGUUACAGCGGAAAUUCGCAGAAAUUUCAAACAGGAUCUAGAGGCUUAUCAAUCGAAAGUGGCUGAGAAAUGGACGGUUUCGUUUAAAAAAUAUGGGAAAUUGACAAUUACUUUUGUGGAAGCGACAGCAGCGUCCCAUGCUGACGGCAGUCGGUGCGAUAUGGCCUCUCCAUGCGAUUCAUAUAUAAAGCUUUUUAUCGACAACAAAAUGGUGUAUCAAACAAAAACCAUUUGGGAUAAGAAACAUCUGGUUUUCAAUGAAACAUAUACAACACCGGACAAUAUAAAUAAAAAGGCACCGAUUACCAUUCAAUUGUGGGACUUUGAUAAUUUAUCCAGUCAUGAUCCGAUUUUAACUUGGGACACCAGCGUAAAAGAACUACUUAAAACAAAAAUUAAACACGGACAUGGAGAAAACAAAAUCAAAAUACGAGCAUCGUGGAAAGAAAAGAAGUAAUAAGCAAUUUUUUUAUUUAAAAGCAAUGUUUACUCAUAUAGGCCAGUUGUUUGUUAAUCAAUAUUUCAUUUCAGAAUAACCUU